AUUUAUUUCAUUUUCCUUUCAACCCACUAUUUCUGUGGCACAGGCACUGACGUGUAUAUGUGCUGUGGGUGAUGACGUGUCCUGAGCACACUCUUCAUAGAGCUACUGACUAGUGCUUGCUAACCGCUAGACUGGGACCAUCAUCAGAGGGAGACCAUGGCCAUUAAAUUCCUGGAGGUGAUAAAGCCUUUCUGUGCUGUUUUACCUGAGAUCCAGAAACCAGAGAGGAGGAUUCAGUUCAGAGAAAAAGUGUUAUGGACCGCAAUCACCCUGUUUAUCUUUCUGGUCUGUUGCCAGAUUCCCCUCUUUGGAAUCAUGUCUUCAGACUCAGCAGAUCCAUUUUACUGGAUGAGAGUGAUCUUGGCAUCCAACAGAGGAACUCUGAUGGAGUUGGGUAUCUCUCCCAUUGUGACGUCUGGUCUAAUCAUGCAGCUGCUGGCUGGAGCUAAAAUCAUUGAGGUUGGAGACACACCUAAAGACCGAGCACUCUUCAACGGAGCUCAGAAGCUCUUUGGCAUGAUCAUCACCAUUGGCCAGGCUAUUGUGUAUGUUAUGACUGGCAUGUAUGGAGACCCUUCAGAGAUGGGUGCUGGAAUCUGCCUCCUCAUCAUCAUCCAGUUGUUUGUGGCCGGUCUGAUUGUGUUGCUGCUGGAUGAGUUGUUGCAAAAGGGUUAUGGUUUGGGCUCUGGUAUAUCUCUCUUCAUCGCCACCAACAUCUGUGAGACAAUCGUGUGGAAAGCGUUCAGCCCAACCACAGUCAACACAGGAAGAGGUACUGAGUUUGAGGGAGCCAUUAUUGCUCUGUUCCACCUGUUGGCCACUCGUACUGAUAAAGUACGAGCUCUGAGAGAGGCCUUCUACAGACAGAACCUGCCCAACCUCAUGAACCUCAUCUCUACAGUCUUCGUCUUUGCUGUGGUCAUAUACUUCCAGGGCUUCAGAGUUGACCUCCCUAUCAAAUCGGCACGUUACCGUGGCCAGUACAACACAUAUCCCAUCAAACUGUUUUACACCUCCAACAUUCCCAUCAUCCUGCAGUCUGCACUGGUGUCCAACCUUUAUGUCAUCUCUCAAAUGCUCUCCACUCGCUUUAGCGGGAACUUCUUGGUCAAUCUGCUGGGGACUUGGUCGGAUAGCUCAAGUGGAGGGCCAGCUCGUGCUUACCCAGUAGGUGGUUUGUGCUACUACCUCUCUCCCCCAGAGUCUUUUGGCACAGUUCUGGAGGAUCCAGUCCAUGCUGUCAUUUAUAUCAUCUUCAUGCUGGGAUCCUGUGCCUUCUUCUCUAAGACCUGGAUUGAGGUGUCUGGAUCCUCUGCCAAAGAUGUCGCCAAACAACUGAAAGAACAGCAGAUGGUUAUGAGGGGACACAGAGAAACUUCUAUGGUCCAUGAACUCAACAGGUACAUCCCCACAGCUGCAGCUUUUGGAGGCCUGUGUAUAGGUGGUCUGUCAGUCAUGGCCGACUUCCUGGGAGCCAUUGGCUCAGGAACUGGAAUUUUGUUGGCAGUCACCAUCAUCUACCAAUACUUUGAGAUCUUUGUGAAAGAACAGAGUGAAGUGGGCAGCAUGGGUGCUCUACUCUUUUAGUACGGCCCUCACAUCAGACUGAAUGAAUUUAUAAGGUUAAGUUCUUUUAUAUGAUUUUUGUUUUAUUAAACGCACAACUUUAAUGUUCUACAUCAAGGAUGUGCUCCCACUGUGUGUCUGAUCCUGACCCGUAGUGGCUCGCUUUGCACCAGUGUUGUAGACUGAAUUGCAUUCUGUUCCCUUUUGGAAAAUUGGGAAGCUUGAUAUAUCAGUAUUAAGCAUGGGAAUGUAACCAUCCUUAAUUUCCACUCUUUCCCCCCUUUUUUAAAUUUUUUUUUUUUUUUUUUUUUUUUUUUUUUUUUAAACCUCCCAAGCAAGUAUCUAACUUUAGAUGUAAUUCCAUUCAAUAAUGCAUAAUGGAAGAAACAUGUCCAAACCUGAUCAACAUUUGAUACACCCUGGACUAAACUUGUCUCAGUAUGUGUGUGAUGAGGUAAGCGCAAUGUUAUGUCAUGGCAACAGUUAAUAUGGUGUAAAUACAAAAAGUUUUUUUUUUUUUUUUACCCUGGGUAUGUGCACAUUUGCUCAUUGCAUUUUUGUGUGGGCUGAGUGUGUGAAAACAUUGGAUUGGUUGUUAAAAUUUCCCUGGUUUAUAAAUGCCUUUUUUUUUUUUUUUUUUUUUUUUUUUUUUUUGAGAUUACUGCAUUGGAUUUGUUGAGGUUUUGCCAGCAGUUUCCAUUAUAUUUAUGUUUGUUGUUUUUCUUCUUAUAUCUAAAGGCUAUUGUAAAAUAGUUCUGUGCAUUUCAGUCACACUACUUAAUGUUUCUAUUAUAGUCCCCUUAGCUAUGGUUUCUUUUAGUGGACCAAAUGCUGCAGAAACUGCCUGUUAAUGAAUAUGCCAGUGUUGAUAUGAGAGGAUGUGGUUUGUAAUAGAAGAGCAUUUCAUGUGUUGUUUUCUUAUACAGACCACAGUAUUAAAAUGUGUUGUGAAUA